CAUACAUAGUUGAUUUCGCUUAAUCGGGACAACCGCUUAUUAGGGACAAAUCCUAAAGAACGAAAACAAAACAAAGGAAAUAACAAAUUUACUCCGAUUUUUCGGGACAAUAUUCCGUUUAAUCGGGACAAUAAACGUGUGUCCCGUUACGCCUGGGAUUCACACGUGAAUAUUGAGCGCUGCAGUGGAGGUUCUAUUUGACAUCAUUGCUGUGUAUAAGCGUAUGGUCGAGUUAACGUAAAUUCAGUCAUUAAAGUGUAAAUCUAGUAUAAAGUUACUGAUAUAUCCCUUACCAAGAUGCCGAGAAAGGAUUUGACACUUAAAAAUAAAAUUGCUAUCCUAAAUAAAAUUAAAAACCAUCCAAGUAACACUAGCCUUCGUCAGCUUGCUGAGAUAAUUAAUGUGCCAAAAUCUACAAUAUCGCGGCUCUUAAAAGAUGAAAAACAACUGCACGACGAAUGGAUGUUACAUGCAGAAAAACCGGGAACGUCUAAACGAAAACGGGAGGGUAAGGAUCCAGAUGUAGAGGAGGCGCUAGAUCAAUGGUUUUCGGUAGUUACUCAGCGAGGUGUGAAUAUCAGUGGUCCAAUUUUGAAGGCAAAGGCAGAAGAAUUCGCCAAAAAGUUGGACCACAAUGAUUUCAAAGCAACUUCUGGUUGGUUGUCUCGUUGGAAAACGAGACGCAACAUCAAAUUUAAAUCAAAAUCACAAGAACUUAAUUGUCCUAGAGUUUCAACAAUUGACAGUAAUUUACCAUGUUAUGACAAGAAUGGAGAUUGGGAGGACGCAAUUAUCGAAGGCAUUAAAUCAAAAAAUCAUGAAAAUCUUCCUGUUCCCAUAACUAACCAAGAGGCAAAACAAUGUAUUGAUAGAUUACAGCGUUAUUUUAUGCAGGAUGAAAACGAAGGGAGUCCUAUAUUAGCAAUAAAUAUCUGCGCUGAUUUUGUACAACUGCAAUCUCGCAAAUCCUUCCAGAAGACCUAAUUUAAUUUAAGUUUGAACAAUACAAUUUUUCUUUCAGAAUUUAUUAUAUAUAUAUACAUAUUUAUUGUUUCAGAAUUGAUACCAUUUUCU